AUGAAGAAGGUAAAGCUACUCAUCCAUUCUAUUUUAUCAUUUGUCCUCUCGACCCUUUCUUUACAGAAACUCAUUCAAAGACUAUCUAAACCAUAUGGAGACUGUAUCCAAGCAGAGUCAUUCAAUAAGACCGAUUAUAUCUACCAAGACUACGAUUAUCAUCCCGAAGGAUGUCAUCGAAGCUGCUUUCAAACAAACCUACUUCGUGAUUGCGCAUGCGGAGAUCCGCGAUUCCCUGUGCCAAAAAACAGCAAACAUUGCUCAGCAUUCAACGCCACAGCAAAGGUGCACAGAAAUUGUGCACGAGGUUACAUUCUCAACCAGUCGGUGGCCUUCGGGAGCAACAGACGUAAGCAAAAAUGUCAUUUCUAUUUGCUUGGAGAUUGUGAUGGUAUGACGGAAACAGAAUGUGAGAAUUAUUAUCGUCUGAAUGCGGCUAUGGUGGAGGUAGGAAUAGUAUACUACAGAGAUUCGUUUAGGCAUUCUCCGCAUCCGCCAUUAGCACGUUUACUUUCAGGUUUUUCCGUAAUCACGGUGAUGGAAGUGAUAGUACUUGUAGUGGAUGUGAUGUCUAUUUGUUUCCGAAGAAAGAACGAAAGAAUGAUGAAGAAGGAGAGGAGUAAGGAUGAAAAAGCAUAUGCGCAAACGUCAAGUAACGAGAAAACAAAAUCGCUUGUACAAAUAUGA